UUGUGUUGGUCUGACACAUAAAAUCUAAAUGAAAGAAAAGUUUGGGGCUAUAAUGUGACAAAAAUAGAAAAAAAAAUGUUCAAGAGGCACAAACUUUUACACCGCUGUACAGCACUUCAUACUGACAGAGCUCUCGCCGCUCCUCCAUCUGGAAUGAGGUUUAGCUUGAUCAAACCUCCAGCCACUUCAGGAUUCCUGGAUUUAAUGCUUCUAGUUCUGUCGGCUCACAGAGAGCUUUAAACGCUUUAAAAGUCGUGUUUUACUCUGGCUAACAUGGCUCAUCAGGGAAAUCCUGAGCACAGGGAGAAAUUUUGCUGCAUGAUUUGUCUGGACCUACUGAGGGAUCCGGUGACACUUCCUUGUGGGCACAACUACUGCAAGAAUUGCACAGAGCGCUGCUGGAAUGAAAAAGGGCCGAGUGAAACGUACAGCUGUCCUGCAUGUAGAUGGAGCGUUAGAUCCAGGCCUAAUCUGGCAAGGAACACCAUGCUAGCAGAAGCGAUAGAACUGCUUGAAAAGAGUCAAGCUGCACCUGAGCUUGGUUCCUCUUCUGGAUGUGAAGAUUUGGAUGUCAAAGGAAGAACCGAGUGGAAUACCUCUGAAAAGAUCGAUAAGAGCAUCUGCUCCAAUCACAAGGACGAGCAGAUGAAGUUAUUCUGCCGCACUCAUCAGACGUGUAUCUGCGGCCUUUGCUCAGUGGAGGAGCAUAAAGGUGAUGAGAUAGUUUCAGCUGAAUCGGAGAGGACUGAGAAGCAGAGAGAGAUUCACUCAAACCUCCAGGAGAUUCAGCAGAAAAUUAAAGACAGAGAAGAAGACAUCAAGAAGCUUCAGCAGGAGAUGGGGGCUAUUGAUGGCUCUGCUGAGGAGGCAGUGAGGAGGAGUGGCGAGAUUUUCACUGAGCUGAUUGACCUGCUGGAGAAAAGACGCUCGGAUGUGCAGCAUCAGAUUAGGAAGCAGCAGGAAGCCGCCGAGAGUCAGAUCAAAGAGUACAAAAAAAUACUAGAGAUGGAGAUCUUUGAGCUCAGAGGGAGAGAAGAGGAGCUCCAGCAGCUUUCCCUCACAGAUGAUCUCGUCCACUUCCUCCACAGCUUUUCGCUGCUGGGAAAACCCAACAAAGCCACAGAUUCGCUCAAAUUUAAAGAAGCUCCUCCGUGUUACUUUAAGGAUCUGACUGCAGCGGUGGCAGAAGCUGGAGGCAAACUGAAGCGCUUUGUUCAUGAGGAAACCACGAAGAUGUCAGCGAUGGAGACGGAGCUGAACGUGGUGAUGUCACCAGCUGAGCCCAAGAGCAGAGCAGACUUCCUGCAGCGUUCCCAACCGGUCAGCCUGAACCCGAACACGGCCCACAGAAAGCUGCUUCUGUCUCUGGGAAACAAGAGAGUCACACGCGCCAACAAAUUCAUAAGUCCUCUUCAUCCUGACAGAUUCACAGAGUGGACCCAGGCCCUGAGCACAGAGAGCUUUACUGGCUGCUGUUACUGGGAGGUGAAGUGGACUGGGAGAGUUACAGUCGCUGUGGCGUACAGCAGGAUGAGCAGAACAGGAAGGCAGAGUGAGUUUGGGAGCAACACGGCGUCCUGGGCUUUGGAGUGCUACAGAGACCGUUUUGUAUUCGGACACGACGGAGUGAAAACGUGCGUGUCCGGUCCCCAGUCCUCCACGGUGGGCGUGUACCUGGACCACUCAGCAGGGAGCCUGUCCUUUUUCAGCGUCUCCCACAGCAUGGAGCUUCUCCAGAGUCCAGACCACGUUCACUCAGCCUUUACAUGCCGGGCUUUGGGUCGGUGUUUGUGAUGGAUCUGCUGCUGAGUUCUGCUAACAGUUUCUACGAGGCAUCUUGUCAGGCCGGAUGAAAACAGAAACGCCCCGUGCUCUGCUGUUUCUCAUAGAGGACGAUUGGGACUGAAAGGUUUCAGGAAAUAGGAGGAGCCAGUGGAUUCUGUGCUAAGCGGGAAAAAAAGCACAAUUAUUUUAGAAAGGAAACAGAUGAGGCAGAAAUGUUGGUGUUUUAUUCAUGGACUUAAAGCCAAAAUUGAGAUAAAGAACUAACUACGCUUGAAAUAGAUGUAAAAUAUGUUGAAGUGCUUCUACAUCUUUACUUCACAUUGCUGCUGCAAAGAGAUAAAUGUUCCAUCAAUAAGUCAAAGUUUCAUUCACACAACUGAAGAAAUAUCUAUGUGUUCACUGAGUGCCACUCCAUUUUUUUUAUUUAAAUACAAUAUUUAUAGGUGUAUUACAUUUACAGUCACAUGUAUGUUCAGCAUAGAUGUUACUCUUUGAAAAUAGUUCUUAGAAAUUUUUACAUUUGGGGGGAUUUUUCAUUUUUACUAUUGCAAACAUGUGAAGUACAAACGUGGACCAC